AUGACCUCGCUUACAAGCCAGAUUCCGCUCGUGUCUGCCGACGAGUGGUACGAGUUCCUCGAGGCGGUGUAUGCCGAAGACACCCGGCGACGGGAGGCCGAGACGGAAGAGCCUUUGGCGGUGGGAGCGGUGGGAGCGGUGGGCGACGGAGCGCUCGAGGCGUGGCUGGAGGUCAUUGGCGGAUACGUUCGGGAGGAGCUGGCGGCGGACGGCGGAGAGGCUGCGCGCGGACUGGCACCCGGCGAGACGGUCCUUCAUCAAAGCAUGGGGCUGUUUGGCGAGUGCGAUGCCGGAAACUCGGUCCACAUCGAUGCGCUGCUCUUCCCGGAUCCGGCCGAUGCCUUGGCGGUUGCGGCGUACUACGAGUACGUCUGCGCUCACUGCCGCAGGGCAGACGGCGUCCGCGCGGUUCACAUCAUCUCCCACAGCCUCUCGCCGGCCGAGAUCACCUCCAUCGUGGCCUGGCUCGACGGGCAGUGGGCGGCGCUCGGCCUUCCGGACUCUGGCGCUCACCUCGUCGACGUUGGUUCGCGGUUCGGCGCCGUUGUUCUGGGCGCCGUCCGCGGGUUGAGCCAUCGCGGCAUCGAGGGCAUCGGUGUCGAGGCCAAUGCGUACUUUGCCGGGCUGGCUGGCCGGACGGCGGCGCGGUAUGGGCUCGCCGACGCAGCGCGGUUUGUGGAGGCGCGGGCCGAGUCCGAGGCUGGGCUGGCUGAGCUAAGCAGCGCGUCGAUUGCGGUCUUCAACAACGUCUUUCAGUUCUUUGUCCCGCGCGACGACCAGCCAGAGGUGUGGGAGACGGUGUCGAGCGCGCUCAAGCCUGGCACGCUUGUCCUCUCGCACCCAUCGCUCGAGCUGGUCCUUGGCGAGCUGGGAUGGAGCCCGGAGCGGCUCGCUGAGUGGGUUCGGCCGGUCGGGGUUAUUAACGGCAGCGACGGUGACGACGACGAUGACGAAGCCGAGAUGACCCGCAUGUAUGCGUAUGUGGUGUGCUAA